AUGUUGGCACCACAGCCCUGCGUCAAUGUUCUGCAGUCUAGCCUUAUUUUCAUGUGUCAGGUCACCGCUCAGGUGGUGCUUAUAUCCCAUUCCUCUGGAUCUGAAAGUACAAGUGACUCUGAAGAGGAUGAAAUUGACGUUGUGACUGUGGGAAAAAGGAAGUCUUAUCACGGCCGUCAGCCAGUGACCUUAACAGUGAGAGCAGACCCACUAGAUACUGUUACAAAACUCUUCCACAUAUCUAUCCACCAACAGCAACAUAACUACGCUGCACGCCUGCCCCCUGAGCCCAGUACUACCCCUCCACCGGACUGUCCAUCUCCUGCUGCAGAAGAGCCUGGUGAAGUCAGCUGCCCUUCAGUGCAGCCCUGCAGCCCCAUUGAACCUAACUCACCUACUCAGUCAGGAGGCUUGGACAGUGAGGACCUGGCCAAGCGAAAGAAUCACAACUAUAUGGAGCGCAAAAGGAGGAACGAUUUACGCUCACGAUUCCUGGCACUUAGAGAAGAGGUGCCUGGUCUGGCCCAUGCAUCCAAAACUCCCAAAGUUGUAGUUCUGAGUAAAGCGACAGAGUACUUGCAAGGUUUGGUUAGUGCUGAACAACAUCUUUUAGCAGAGAAACUAAAACUUCGUACUCGUCGCCAGCAGCUCUUGAGGAGAAUUUCCCAGUUGAAGAGCUGUUAAGAGGGACACAUGGCAGGAGUCUGUCUGGCACAUUUGCACAUUUGUGAAGUUAUGUCUUGGGAUUGCACAAAACUGAGACUUUCACUUCUGGGUCAGUGCUUCUCAAAGCGCUACUGGAGAAAGGGUUGGUCAUAUCAGGUGAAUCUACAUGGUUCCUCAGGUUCUACAUAUGACUUUGUUUAUCUUUCUACACAACAGAAUCUGGACUUUCUGCGUAGACUU